GGAUGCAGAGGGUGGAAAGAGGGGAAGAAGCAGGAGGAGCUGAAGCCAGAUGGGACUGGGAGAAGAUGGGAGCAAGGAAUGAGCACCCCAGAAGCCCAGGAAAGAGCUGAGGAGGCAGGAACGCCCACAGGCAAUGCUGCAUGCCAGGGCUCAGUGCCCCUUGGGGUCAGUGACAGGGUCCUGGCCAAGACAGGCUUUCAGUAGGCUUAAGAAAUGGGCAGAGGGGAAGAAAUGGAGGCUAUGUGUCGAAACACUUUGGAAUGAAGGGGUGGUGAAGCUGAAGAAGGGCACACACAGGUCAGGGAGUGUUUACCAAACUGUGCCACCGGGAGGAACUGGACAGAUCCUGUCCUGCCCUCUGGACAGCGAGGCCACAUCAGUGAAGACUGUGAACACCUUCCUGGCWACUCACCMAGCUGGGGUGACAGAUAAAACCAACUGAAGAGGUGGAAGAAGGCCUCAGGACCAGCAGAGAACCCGCUGGGUCCCAGGAGAGAUGGGGAACAGCAGGAGCCGCGCGGAGCAGAGGUGUUACUCCCAGUUCCUUCCCGAGGAGCAGGCGGAAGUCGAUGCGCUGUUUGACACCCUGUCGUUGGACAAGGACAGCUCUGAGGCCUCGCCCAGGUCCUUCUCACUGCAGGCGCUGAAGAACCGCGYUGGGGAGGCUCUUCCCGCAGAGAUGGUCAGCAGACUGUAUGACGCUAUGCAGAGAGUCCACCCGACUGGGAGGGCUCAGGGGCCCAGCAAGGGCRUCUCUCAGGAGCAGUUCACGGCGUCGCUGUCCCACCUGCUGAAGGGCAGCUCUGAGGAGAGGAGUCUCAUGAUUCUGAAGAUGAUUUCUGCCAAGGAAGGUCCCGUGAAAGCCAGAGACCUCCAGAAGUUCACAGAGGAUCUGGUUGGCUCUGUGGAGCAUGUGCUGGCCCACAGGCAGGAGCUGAAGGGCUGGACCCGGAAGAAGGCCCCAGGAACCCCCACCAGGGUGCAGGCACUGGCCGCCCACCUGCUGUCUGAGAUGAAGCUUCCAGAUGGCAGCAGGCCGCUGGGGCCUCACUGGCUGGACCACGCCUGUGACCGAGCCACGGUGGAGGACUGGGUGUUCAGGGUCCCCCACGUGGCCACGUUCCUGAGAGUGGUCAUCCACCAAGGCUUCCUGGUCCUGCGUUCGUCCCUCGAUCUGGCCACGCUGGUGCCCGAGCGCCAGGUGGGCCCCGGGCGGGAGUUCGAGAGCGUCCUGGACGUCCUGGCGGCCAUCUACCUCAACGCCCACCUGGCGCAGGAGCAGCGGCACCACUGGCGCCUGCUCUUCUCCUCCCAGCUCCACGGGCAGAGCUUCUCGCAGCUGUGCGGGCACAUCACGCACCGGGGGCCCUGCCUCGUGCUCCUCGAGGACCAGGACGGACACGUGUUCGGUGGCUUUGCCUCCUGCCCCUGGGAGGUCAAGCCUCAGUUCCAAGGGGACGAGAGGUGCUUCCUGUUCUCCGUCUCCCCCAGCAUGGCCGUGUACCGGCCCACGGGCUACAACGACCACUUCAUGUACCUGAACUGYGGGCAGCAGACCAUCCCGAAUGGACUGGGCAUGGGAGGACAGCACCAUUACUUCGGGCUUUGGGUAGACGCUGACUUCGGGAAGGGACACAGCAAGGCCAAGCCCACGUGCACCACGUACAGCAGCCCGCAGCUGUCCUCCCAGGAGAACUUCCGCUUUGACAAGAUGGAGGUGUGGGCRGUGGGAGACCCCCCAGAGUCGCAGCUGGUCCAGGGCAAAAAGAGCAUCCUGGACGUCGAUCCCGAGGCCCGGGCCCUGCUGGAGAUCACUGGGCAGACUCGCCACAGUGAAGGGCUCCGUGAGGCCCUGGAGGAGGACGCCUAGGCGGCGGGGCUUCCAGAGCCUGGACACGGACAUCCCUGGUGCAGCGCGUGCGGCCCUCCCCGGGGUGUGUGUGAGCCUCAGACCCCCCCUCUCCUGCCGGGCAACUCCAUGGAGCCCUGGACGGGCUUGACCAGAACAYGCCGUGCCAAGAAGGUCCCUCUGCUGCCACAGAUAGGAUUCUGGGAGGUGACCUCCCAACCUAAGUGUCAAAUUAGCAGCUCAGUCUUAAACUUUGCUCAUUUCUCAUCAAUGAUGUCCAAAGACACAGACGUUGGGAACUCGGCUGGAAUUGGCGGUUCUGGGGGAUGUCUUGUCCUGCAGGAAGGAGGGCCACUGGGGCCACUGGGCCUCUGCUCAGGCCAUCCCAGUUAGUGCCUUGAUGGUCCAUUUUGACUGGUAACAGAUGGACGUUUGGGCGAGAAUCUCGGUGCUUGGUGGGGACAGUGUCCUCGGGCAGGAGCGUGUUUGUGUAUCGAGGCCCAGCCGGCGGGGGGUGGGUGGGGCGCUGGAGAGGGGAGAGGGGGGCGUGCAGCGCUGUGGUCCCGSUGUGUGCGUGUCAGGGUCUGCGUCUGCCUUUCUCGACUCUUUUACACAGACCUGCCUCGUGAGCAGAUGGGGGCUCACGGGCGCGAAGUAGCGGCUCUGUUGCCAACUCAAAUGUGGGGGACCCUUGGGGGUCCUGAGCCUGGAGCUUGCUUGACAGCUGCAAGCAGCCCACCCCGAAAGUCACUGGCAAGUGACAUCCAGGGCUGCUGGGGGCCGAGCCGCUAGCCACCAUCCCAGCCCUCGGAGUCACUCCUGGCCUGGGGGUUCUGCCCUGGGAAYGGGGCGGGGUGGGGGGGGUGAGAUGCAGACUCGCCCUGAACCCCAGGGGUUCCCAGAUGCUGAGGGCUACCUGGGUGGGCUGCGCCUCCAUGCACAUCGCUGCCUCUCCUCUGCCGUCUGGGGAGUGGGUGCUGCUGACGACCCUCCGUCUGCCAGGAGCCGUGAGCUCCGAGUCAGACUGUCCCCUUUGUUCUGGGCAGAGCUGCUGCACUGCGGCCCUUGUCCCAUACUUGCCUGGAUUAGAAGCCAUACUGACUCAGCUGCCUCGUUUUGGGAUUCUUGGUUUCCCCCAGAGGCCGGGCGGGUCUUCUGCCGAGCCCCACCCCGACCAGGCAGGGCCUCGUGGGUCCCCUCACAAAGCCGCUCGGUGCACAGAGGGUGCAGCGGGCCCAGGGACUUGCUCACUGUCGGUCCUCUUCCCAGGAAGCCAGCUCUCAGGGCUUGUGGGGCAUUACGUGGUCUUCCGGAUAGGACAGCAGGUGCCCUCCCCACUACGGAUCCCAAGAGUUAGGUCCUCAGUGGUCCCCUCGCUUUGGACUUUUUAAAAAAAGUGCAAUUAAAUA